CGCCUGCAAUUGUUUUCUGAUUAUCGAAUACAGUAUGCAUUUCUCUACAAGUUUAAAGUAAUUCUAUCUACUAACAGAUUUUUUUUUGUUCGGAUAUACCCUUUUUUGUCUUGAGCAGAAUCAGGCUGGAAGUUGAACAUGGCAUUUCAUUCCCUGCAGAAGGCAGUUGCUAUAAUGGAGCAACGUAGGACUGCUUUUUUGUCCAUUUCUUGUGCUGGGUUGUUUGGCGUCAACUUGACUUUCCACAUCUUCUCAAAGGAACUGUUCAAAUCAAUAUAUCAGGCCUGGCACCAUGGAAAGCCAUUGGAGCUUUCAGAAGAUUUGCAGAACCUGUUCAAAGACAUCCUCCACGAUGUCAAAGUGAAAUCAGCAGAUCGUUACGAUGCCGUUAAGACUUGCACAUUGCACCCCGUAAGCGCUGGAUUACCAUGGAGACCCAAAGGUUGUGUGGUGGGCAUCCCAUAUCAUUUCAGUGAUACAUCCAGCGGCAAACAGCAGAUUGCCAAGAUAGGUGUUCUGCUUAAAGGCAAGAAAGUGGACUGGACAAGCACAGAGGGCCUGGCCUUGAAGGAUGCCUUGACCCUUUCUCCAGAGGCUCAGAAGUUUGCCAUUGCAAGAGAGAUCAUCAAUUUACAACAAAAUAGGCCUUUGGUAUGUGCAGCUGUUGGUCCCGUUUGUCUGGCUGGGUCCUACAUUUCUGGGGUAGCUGUAAAGCAGGUCUUGGGCUUACAUUAUGCUCCAGUUCUAUUCCGAGGCAUUUACAACAUGGCAGUUGUGGCACUUGGGCUUGUGGGCUAUUGUCUGUUAUAUGAUACCAUAAGCCAGGCAUUCGAUUAUAGGAUAGACAGAAAUACAGCUUCCAUUUCUCCCAGUUUUGCUAGAGGUGGGGUGGAGUUCUACAGUAAAGUUCUGUUACAGAAUAAGGCUUUUCGGACUAUCCUGGGUAAGGAAGGAGAGCAGAUAUAUGCCUCAAAUGGUAAUAUUCUCCCAAAGUUUAGAUUAAAGCAUCCAUCGUUCACUUCCAGAAGAAACUUACUUAUUAAUAUCUUAAACACACCCCAGGCACAGGGAAGAAAUGGUUGAAAUUUAAGUUAAUAAAUUAUGGGUUAUUUUUUUAAA